GCGUGGCCUGCGGGAGUAGCGCCGCACCCGCCUUCCGGGUCGGGACCGGAGCGAGCGGAGCCGAACCGGGACAGCCGGGCCCAGCGGGGCCGGGAGCAGCCGAGCUCCAGCGGGCAAAGCAAGGCAGAGCAGAGCGGGCCGGGGCGGGCGGUGCGAUCCGAGCAGAACCCGGCCGGGCUGAGCCGAGCGGAGCCGAACCCUCUGGGCUGAGCCGAACCGGACCGGGCCGGGAGCAGCCAAACCCGCUCGGACCGAGCUUAGCGGAACCGGGAGCAGCGGAACCCGCUCGGACCGAGCCGAGCGGAACCGGGAGUAGCCGAGCCCGUUCGGACCGAGCCGAGCGGAACCGGGAGCAGCCGAACUCGCUCGGAGCGAGCCGAGCGGAGCCAGGAGCAGCCGAACCCGCUCGGACCGAGCUUAGCGGACCCGGGAGUAGCCGAACCCGUUCGGAGCGAGUCGAGCGGAACCGGGAGCAGCCGAACCCGCUCGGAGCGAGCCGAGCGGAGCCGGGAGCAGCCGAAGCCGCUGUGGGCCAUGGGGCAGAUCGAGUGGGCCAUGUGGGCGAACGAGCAGGCGCUCGCCGCCGGGCUCAUCCUGCUGACGGGCGGGAUCGUGGCCGUGGCGGGGCAGUUCAAGGGCUGGUACUUCGCGGCGUAUUCCAUCGCGGCGGGCGUCCUGGUCUGCCUGCUCGAGUAUCCCAGGAGCAAACGGAAAAAGGGCUCCACCAUGGAGAGGUGUGGCCAGAAGUACCUGACAGCCGUGGUGAAGCUGUUGGGGCCCCUCACCAGGAAUUAUUACAUCCGAGCCGUCCUCCACGCCGCCCUGGCUGUCCCUGCCGGAUUCCUCCUCUCCACCAUCCUGGGCACCGUCUGCCUGGGCAUCGCCAGUGGCAUCUACCUGCUGGCUGCAGUUCGAGGGGAGGAGUGGAGACCCAUCGAGCAGAAGCCCCGGGAGAGGCCACAAGUGGGGGGCACCAUCAAGCAGCCCCCCAGCAACCCCCCGCCCCGGCCGCCCCCCGACGCCCGCAAGAAGCAGCCGGAGGUGGGGGGGCAGGUGAACCCCAUCCCUGUGGAGGUGGAAUAACGGGGGAUCCUCCUGCCCUGCUGCCCUGCUCCUGCUUCCCAGCUGCUCCUGGAUCCACUGCAGCCAGCGGGCUCCUGGGGAUCCCCAAAAGCCCCGGGUGUGCUGAGCUCCUGCUGUGGGUCCCUCGCUCCUGGUGAUGCUCAGAUCCCUGGGAUCAUCAGUUCCCCCCCGGGCUCCCCAAGGGAUUCCCAAAUGCCCAGUGAUGCUCUGGGGUUCCCAGCUCCUGGGCGUCUGCAGAUCCCCAGCAAUGCUCAGCUCCUUGUAGGAUCUCUGUCUCCCUGGAGAGAUCCCCAAAUCCCUUAAGACGCUCAGCUCCCAAAUUCCCAACUCCCUUUGAUGCUCCCCGUGGGGUUUCCAGCCCUCGGGGACUUCCCAACUUAUGGAGAUUCCCAAAUCCCUGGGGCUGCUCAACUCCCUGUGGAGUCUCCAGCUCCCAGGAACUCCCCAGCUCCUGGACCUCCCUAAAUCCCCAAAAAUCUUCAGCUUCCUGUGGGGUCUGCAGCCCCCAAGGCCUUCCCAGCUCCUAAGGAUCCCCCAAAUCCUUGGGGAUUCUCAUCUCCCUCUGGGUCUCCAGUUCCUGGGAAACCCCAGAUCCCUGGGCAUGCUCAGCUCCCUGAGGGUCCCAACUCUCCAAGCACCCCCCAGUUCCCUGGGGAAUCCCCAAAUCCCUGUGGAACUCCAGUUCUCAGGGAAUCCCCAGCUCCCAGGGGGAUCAGGCAGCUCUGCUCCCGCUCUCCCUGGUUUUUGUCAUUUCUGCAGUUGCUGUUGCAAUAAAAAGUGGGAAAGGCA